AUGCAGCAGGCACCGAAUCAGAAGAACACCCCUAACCGGCGCCGCCCCGUUGCGGGCCGGAGUCGCAGCACUCCCCAGAAGGUGUAUGCCUCCGAGAACGACCUCCCCACCUUCAAGCCGGACAUCAAGCCGGACAAUGCUGCGCGUCCCGCCACUCCCCAGAAGUCGGCCUCGACAAACCAGAAGCAGCGGGAUAAGGGCAACAAGAGUCGUAAUAAGAAUGGAGCUGUAUCACCAGGCCACAACCAGCGCGAUCGCCAGAGCCCACCAUUUCUGCCCCAAGAUGCAUCGGCUCCUAUCUUCGCCGGCUCCACGUUCCACGCAUCUCCGGCACCCUCGUCGCUACCCAUUCCAAGUUUCCAUGGAGUAGAAGCUGAAGGCUCUCCCGCAAUCAGGGCCAAUCGGAGUCCGGGUCAAGAGCCUUCCCCUCCAACCACCGAUUCCGACGAGGCGAGCCCUUCCGCUGAACCGGUGCCACGAAACGUGGACUCUCCUUUAGAGUUCUUCUUCCGCGCCCAGCGAGCUGAGAAGGCGAAGCUUCGUCGGGCUAGUUCCGCCAAUGCCGGUGCUAUCGCUCCUGCGCCGUUCUCUCCACCCCACGACCUGCCCGAGGAAUGCAAUACGCUUCCCAAGGCAUCAGUGGCCAAUCCUCUUCGGCGCCCGAGUUAUCCCCAGUAUCUCUCCUCGCCUGGCAUCUCGACGAAUGAACUGGGCGGCACUCCCGGCCAGCCCGUUGGACCGGCAUUCUCAACUCCUUAUUCGGAGCGCAUUCGAGCAGCUCGCUCGAACCAGAGUUCUGCACAAGCCACGCCCUCGGCACCUCGAGAACUUGAUGCGAACUCGGAAGCAUUGAAGCGGUAUCUAUUCACCGGUAAACUUGGCUCCGUUGGGCAACCGCAACCGAAGCCGAAGCAGCAAGCACCUGUCCCACAACCUCAGCAACAUGCCCAGUAUCCGCCUGCUCACCAGGUUGCUCAACAACACCGGAUUCCUCAGCAAUUCCAUCAAUACGGAGCCCGCCAGCAACCGGCCGGACAACAGAUGCCCCAGCACCACUCAUCGGAGCCUCGGUUGCCUCGUGGCAUGUUCCCUGCGUCGGUGUUGACUGGCCACUCGCCGAAUGUUAAGCCCACUGCAGCCUCGCAGAUGAACGCUGGCCCGGACCGGUCUGAACAGAUACUUGCAAUGGAGGGUGACCUGCGACGAAUGCUUAAGCUGGAUUCGUCGAGUUAG